AUGGUCCAUGGGAUGGGGGAUGCCGCCUGCUGCCUCCUGCUCGGGCUCUGCCUCCUCCCCAUCGCCGCCCUGGGCUCCCAGGACGAGGGGAAGGUGAUCCACAUCAGGCGGGUGCAGCACCGGGCGCUGCGGGUGGGGCUGGGGGAGCCSGUCACCCUGCCCUGCCUCUUCCUGCUGCACCCCUCGGCCGCGCUGGGGCCCAACGAGCCCCCGGAGCCGCCGCGCGUCAAAUGGAGCAAGGUGCGCUCGGCCGGCGGCCAGAGGGAGGACGUGCCCAUCCUGGUGGCCAAGGACAACGCGGUGAAGGUGGUGAAAGCCUACGAGGGCCGGGUGUCGCUGCCCGGCUACGCCCGUGACCGCUCCAACGCCACGCUGCAGCUGCGGGCGGCCCGCGCCAGCGACGCGGGGCUCUACCGCUGCGAGGUGGUGGCGGGCAUCGAGGACGAGCAGGACCUGCUGCCACUGGAGGUGACGGGCGUUGUGUUCCAUUACCGGCCCGCGGGCGAGCGCUACGCUCUGACCUUCGCCGCCGCCCGCCGCGCCUGUCGCGACAACUCGGCCGUCAUCGCGUCCCCCCAGCACCUCCAGGCCGCCUUCGAGGACGGCUACGACAAYUGCGACGCGGGCUGGCUGAGCGACCAGAGCGUGCGGUACCCCAUCACCCUGUCCCGGCCCGGCUGCUACGGAGACCGCAACAGCCUGCCCGGGGUGCGCAGCUACGGCCCCAGGGAGCCCAGCGAGCUCUACGACGUCUACUGCUACUCCCGGGAGCUGCGAGGGACCGUGUUCUACGCCACGGCGCCGGGGCGCUUCACCUGGCAGGGCGCCCGCAGGCACUGCCGCAGCCGCGGCGCCUCGCUGGCCACCACGGGCCAGCUCUACCUGGCCUGGCGCCAGGGCCUGGACCAGUGCGACCCGGGCUGGCUGGCCGACGGCAGCGUGCGCUACCCGAUCCGCCUGCCGCGCAGGAAGUGCGGGGGCGAGGCCUCGGGGGUCCGCACCCUCUACCAGUUCCCAAACCGCACCGGCUUCCCCCCCGCCGCCGCCAAGUUCGACGCUUACUGCUACAAAGCCCUGGGACAGGGGGACGCGGAGGAGCCGGUGCUGCCGGUGCCGCCCACGCCCGACCCGCCGAGCAGCGACAACGUGCUGGUGGAGCACAGCGAGGAGCUGGGCACGUCGGGGGACACCCGCGACACCCCCCGCGACCGCUACGAGCUCCCGGGGCUGCCGGGGCCCGCGGGGCCGGGCGAGGAUGAGGACGAGCAGCUGCGGCCGGSCAGCGGCAGCGCGGUGGCGGCGCGGCGCGGGGACCUCCCGGCCGCUGCUCUGUCACCGGCCCCGGCGGCUCCAGGGCUGGCGACGGGCGCUGCGACAUCCGUGCCGCCCACCGCGGUCACCUCGCCGGCCGGGCCCCACGAGGAGGAGGAGGAGGAGGAGGAAGAGGCUCUCAACGUGGUGGAUCAGGCUCCGGAGAGCUCCCGGCGGGACCCGGCACGGGGAGACCCUGAACAAGCGCCGGUCCCGGCACAUUCCCAAAGCCCGGUCCUGGAGAGCAUCCCCGCCUCGUCCUUGGCCCCGCCUGGGCUGGGGACGGUCCCCAGCGCGGCCCCCGAGACCCCCAGCACCCCCAGGAAGAGCUACCCCGGCCUGAACGGCCGCUACUUCCAGCUCCAGCGGCACAGCCGGGACCCCGCGGUGAUGGCCGGGAACCCGGCGGGGACGGUCACCCAGGCCCCCGUGCUGCCGCUGGAGGUGAAGGGAGCCGCAUCCAACGCCGUGGAGCUGUGGAGCCUCCCCCGAGGCGGCACCGAGAGCCCCCGGCGGGACGGAGCCCACGCGUCCCCCAACGAGGUGGAGGACACCGAGCUCGUGGUCCCGGCCGCCGUCCCGGUGUCCCCCUCGCCGCAGGCGCCGCUCCCGAGGGAUUCAGGGUGGCCCGCACGGAGCCGCCCCGCGCUGUCCCCGUCCCCGUCCCCGUCCGCGUCCCCGUCCCCGGCCGCCCCCGCCGCUCCCCGCCACGCUCCGGUUCACCGGGACAUCCCCGCCGAGGGGGCUCCGCCCCGCGUUCCCACCGCCCGUGGGGACUCCCCGCGGGCCCCCGCAGAUGGCACCGAGGACUUCUCCGGGGACACCCCCGCCCAGGAGAGCGGAGGCUCCGUGCCCCCGUGGCCCCCGCUGCCCCCGGCCCCGCUGGUGGCCGAGGGUCCCGAGCCGCAGCCCCGCGGGGACAGCGGUGACAACAGCGGGGCCCCGGGGGACGGCGCGCUGGAGAGGCAGAGGAAAGCGGUGACAUUCCUGGAGCCAGAGGGUCCCUCCGAGGGACACCGAGCCAGCUCCGGCCGCACCGAGGGGGCUGAGCCCGGGCCCGGGGGGCGGCUGAGCCCCGCGGCUCCACAAGGGUCGGCCGAGCCCAGCCCGGAGCAGCCCGAGCAGUCCCUGGGUGCCGGGAACGGCUCGGCCGAGCCCCGCAGCGGAGCCACCGCGUCCCCCCCGGCCUGGGACGUCCCCUCGCCGUCCCCGUCCCCCGCGGGCACCGAGGUGGUGCUGUGGGCCGGUACCGAGCGGCCCGAGGAGGGRGCGCUGCUGGAGCCGGCGGCCGAGGAGGGGUCCACGGCCUUCGCUGCCCCGGAGCCGCAGCCCACGCACGGCUCGGAGGCGGAGCUGGGGGCGGCCGAGCAGCUCCUGCUUUCCCCCCCGAGCCCCCGGCAGCCCCCCGCCACCCCCGGCGCCCCGGCCGCCCCCCCGUGCCAGAACGGCGGCACCUGCAUCGACGAGGUCAAUUCCUUCGUGUGCCUCUGCCUGCCCAGCUACGGCGGCAGCCGCUGCGAGAAAGACACGGAGGGCUGUGACCACAACUGGCACAAGUUCCAGGGCCACUGCUACCGCUACUUCGCCCGGCGGCGCUCCUGGGAGGACGCGGAGCGCGACUGCCGGCGCCGGGCCGGGCACCUCACCAGCAUCCACUCGCAGGAGGAGCACAGCUUCAUCAACGGCUUCGGCCACGAGAACACCUGGAUCGGCCUCAACGACCGCAUCGUGGAGCAGGACUUCCAGUGGACCGACAACAGCGGCUUGCAAUACGAGAACUGGCGGGAGAACCAACCCGACAACUUCUUCGCGGGCGGCGAGGACUGCGUGGUGCUCGUGUCCCACGAGAUCGGCAAAUGGAACGACGUUCCCUGCAACUACAACCUGCCCUACAUCUGCAAGAAAGGCACAGUGCUGUGCGGGCCCCCCCCGGAGGUGCCGAACGCUUUCCCGGUGGGAAAGAAGAAGGAGAAGUACAACAUCCACUCGAGCGUGCGCUACCAGUGCCAGGAGGGCUUCACCCAGCGCCACGUGCCCACCAUCAAGUGCCACAGCACGGGCAAGUGGGACCGGCCCAAAAUCCUCUGCACAAAACCCAGGCGGUCGCACCGAGCGCGGCGGCACCGGCGGCACCGGCACAGCCACCCGCACCACCAGCACCAGCACCACAAACCCCGCAAGGAGCGGCGAAAACACCGCAAGCACCUCCGGCUGGACUGGAUGGAGGAGGGCCACUACUUCUGAGCCGGCGGCGGCCACAGCACAAGGGUCCCCCGGGGGAUGCGGUGACAGCCCCCGCCCC